UUCCCCUUUGUGUUUGAACUCUUCGUUUGAGACCAGAAGUCUCGCGGAGAAAUACUGCCGUUCAUUACUUUCAAAGUUGUCUUAUGUCUGUUGGACUAGAGCCAGGAUUUUCCUAUGAUGAGAUAUUUUUCAGACAGUUUCCCGUCCACCGUGCCUGUCGGGAUGGGGACGUUAGCGCUUUGGUCUCACUGUUACCGCAACUGUCAAACCAGGGACAUCUGACUGCCGAGGACUCCUGCUAUGGAUGGAGCCCAAUCCACUGGGCUGCUCACUAUGGACAACUUGAAUGUUUGGUGCUCCUGGUGCAGAUGGGUUGUGAGGUGAACUCAGUUACCAGCCGCUUCAACCAGACACCAACACACACCGCUGCCUUUGGUGGACAUCCUCACUGCGUUGUGUGGCUGACUCAGGCUGGGGCUGACAUCAACAAACAGGACUGUGUUGGUGAGGCUCCUAUUCACAAGGCAGCUCGCUCAGGCAGCCUGGAGUGCAUUCAGGUGCUGCUGAUAGCAGGUGCUAAACCACAUUUAAGGAAUGCCAGCGGGCAGACGGCGGCCGACCUGGCGCAGGCUCACGGCUUCCACGACUGCUUCUGCUUCGUCUCCAACGCCGGGGCACAUCUGCAGCAGCUGGGCGGACUCCAUGGCAACGGGACGCAGAGUCUCCUCAGCAGGAAGAGGCAGCUGAUGGUCACCGAGGCUCGUCACGCAAAGAAAGCGAGGAGGGCCGGUGCUGUGACGGAGCAGAGACAGUUCAGCUCAGAGGAGGAGGGGGAGAACAUGAACCUGGACCUUAACUCAGACCACAUUGAGGACGCGCUCAGCCGCCCCCCCGACGCCUGCCUUUCGGACGCCCCUGACCACGAGCCGCCCGCCAGCCCCCGCCCGCCAGCCCCCUCGCCCCCGGUGGGUCAGCGGCCGGCCCCGGCGGCCGACAUGUGCGGCUCGCUGCACCUGACCGGCAGCCCCGCCUCCCCCCCGCCCGAGUGGACGCUGGAUUUCCUGCAGUUCGGACACCGCCACGGCUUCGGGGACACGGCCGAGGACCCGGGGGACAGCGGCCCUUUCCUCGGAGCAGUGGACGCCCGCAAGCAGCCUCCGGUCAGCACCGUCCAGCACUCCGGCCGCUUUUAA